AUGAGCAACAAACGUAUCAACAUGGUAUGCUACGCCGACGAUGCAGCAAUUUUCGCAGAAAACGAGAACGACCUACAAAGACAGCUAUUCAAGUUAUAUCAAGUGUGCCGAGAGCUUAAUAUUACCACCUCGGUCGAGAAAACAAAAAGCAUGACAAUGACCAGGGAACCAAUCAGAUGCAAGCUCAUAGUUGAAGAUAAGCCCAUAGAGCAGGUAAUGCAAUUUCAGUACCUUGGGAUGAACAUGUCUAGCUGCCACGACCCAACAAAAGAUCUAAGGGACCAAAUCAACAAAGCAUCAGCAACUUCAGGCUGCCUAAGGGAGAUUGUCUGGGCCAACGGAUACAUGCAGAAGGACAGUAAGAUUAAAAUAUACAAAACAUGCGUUAGACCAAUAAUGACGUACGCGAUAGAAACAAGAGAAGACACGAACAAAACAAAGAGACUGCUGCUCGUAGCUGAGAUGAAGGUGCCGAGAUCAAUAGCUAGCAAAACCAGAAGAGACCACGUAAGAAAGAUCGACAUAAGAGAACAAUGCGACGUACAGGAUAUUGUAAGAUGGGGAAGGCAGAGAAGAAGGCAAUGGUAUAACCACGUCAAGACACUGGGCGAAGAUAGAUUGCCCCGCGUAGCUCUCGAGGGAAUGCCAGUAGCCGCCCGGUAG